UUUGUUUAGAAGGAGGAAAAAGCUGCUAAUAAGAGUGAAAAAAACAUGUGUUCGUUUUUUAGUCUUCGGAAGUCUGUGAUUCUGGAGGAGUACCUGGAAUUGUUGCCCAAAGAAAUGGCUUACACACUGAGCCCCACACCACAGGCACCGAUCGGCACUGAACACUGUGUCUGCAAAGUGGAACUCUCAGUAUGUGGACAUAAUCUUCUAGACAGAGAUGUAACUUCAAAAUCAGACCCAUUCUGUGUCCUGUUUUUAGAGACCAGUGGGAAAUGGCAGGAGAUUGAUAGAACAGAGACAGCAGUGAACAACUUAAACCCCGUAUUUGCAAAGAAAUUUAUUGUCGAUUACCACUUUGAAGAAGUUCAGAAGUUAAAAUUUGCCUUGUUUGACCAGGAUAAGUCCAGUAGACAAUUAUAUGAACACGACUUCUUGGGAGAAUUUUCAUGCACAUUAGGAACGAUUGUUUCAAGCAAGAAGAUAACACGAACUCUUGUUCUUGGAAAUGGGAAGCCUGCAGGAAAAGGAACAAUAACGACUAGUUCACAAGAAAUCAAACCAUCAAGGGUACUGGAGGUUAGCUUACCAGCUAGAAAAUAUUCAAAGAAGGAUUUCUUUGGAAAGUCAGAUCCAUAUUUAGAGUUUCAUAAAGAAGGCCCUGAUGGAAAAUGGAUGUUGGUGCACAGAACAGAGGUAAUAAAGAACACAUUGGAUCCAGUAUGGAAACCAUUCACUGUGCCUUUAGUGUCUCUUUGUGAUGGAGAUAUAGACAAACCAGUUAAGAUUGUUUGCUACGACUAUGACAACGAUGGUGGACAUGACUUCAUAGGAGAGUUCCAAACAACCGUAGCAAAGAUGUGUGAAGUAGAAGAUUCCAUAGCAUUAGAGUUCCAGUGCAUUAAUCCAAAGAAACAGAAAAAGAAAAGAAACUACAAGAAUUCUGGAAUCAUUGUUCUAAUGUCUUGUAAGAUAGCAAGAAACUACUCCUUCUUGGAUUAUAUCUUUGGAGGCUGCCAGCUUAUGUUCACAGUUGGGAUUGACUUUACAGCCUCGAAUGGGAACCCCAGGGACCAUUCUUCCUUACACUACAUCAACCCUAUGGGAACAAAUGAGUACCUAGAUGCUAUCUGGGCAGUAGGACAGAUCAUACAGGACUACGACUCAGACAAAAUGUUUCCAGCACUGGGAUUUGGUGCACAACUCCCACCAGACUGGAAGGUAUCACAUGAAUUUGCUAUUAAUUUCAAUCCGACAAACCCAUUCUGUUCAGGUGUGGAGGGAAUUGUGCAGGCAUAUACAUCCUGUUUGCCUCAUAUCCGUUUCUACGGUCCCACAAACUUUGCUCCUAUUAUCAGCCAUGUGGCAAGGUUUGCCUCCCAAGCAUCUCAGCAACCAGCUGCAGCACAAUAUUUCAUUCUCCUGAUAAUAACAGAUGGUGUCAUAAGUGAUAUGGAUGAGACCAGACAUGCCAUUGUACAAGCCUCUAAGUUACCGAUGUCCAUAAUUAUUGUGGGGGUAGGAAAUGCAGAUUUUGCAGCCAUGGAGUUCUUAGAUGGAGACAACAGUGCACUACGGUCCUACACUGGUGAAGAGGCAAUGCGGGACAUUGUACAGUUUGUGCCAUUCCGUGAGUUCCGGAAUGUGCCUAAAGAAACACUGGCCAAAGCAGUUCUGGCGGAACUUCCCCAACAAGUCGUUCAGUAUUUCAAGCAGCACAAUCUGCAGCCCAUCAACUCAGAGCGCUCAUAGCACCGUCCCACUGCCACCAUCUCUUCUGUCUGUGCUGCAUGUCACCAUCGUUUACAAAACGCAUGUCUUACUUUUGUUGGGCCAUAUGUGACUGUUUUUCUUAAUCGCAAUAUUAUUCCAUCAGUUCAAAGGGAAGACUUCAUCAUUUUGUUCAUGUGUAAUAAAGCAACACUCAAUUCCUCUGAGAAGAAGCUACUUUGAAGUAUUGAAUGUACCUUUGUAUUAUUAUGUAACUACAAUUUUUAAAACAAAUGACAGGUCUAAAAAGGCAAGUUAAAAUAUCUUGAAAGGAAAUGUCUCUACUGUCUUGUAAAUGUGUGAUAAGCUGUACUUUCUGUCAAGUUUGGGUAGAAAUUUUAUACUGUUUACAUGUUAUAUAUUUGUAAAACUCAGGAUAUAUGCCAAUUAAACCAUCUUUAACAUAAUAAUGUGGGACUAUUUUUUUUUUCUGUUUAAUCAAAUGAAAAUUAUUAUUUUAAACAUGCCAUACCUUAUGCUACUGUGUAGUUUGCUAUAUGUAUACAUUUUGAGCCUGGGCUUUCAAAUAUUAAACAGGGGAGGUAAUGCAAACAA